AUGAAAAUAGUACUCUUUACCUCUCUUUUUUUACAUUCGACUUUUGCGUUGCUUUUAUGGCCAAAACCACAACAUGUUAAAACAGGCUCAACAGAAUUGAAUCUUGAUGAUGACUUUUACAUAUCUGGACCAAGCUCAGAGCUACUGGAGGAUUCUGUCAAUCGAUACACUCGCUUGAUAACCCGUGACAGAUGGAUACCAGUUCAAGUGCAGGCGCAUCAUGAUAACGAGGAGUCGGAUAUUAAGUUGAAGAAUUUACAUGUUCAAGUGGAAGACAUGCAGCAGGAGCUUAUAUUUGGUGUGGAUGAAUCUUAUACCUUGAUUAUUCCUAGCGAUGGAUCAAGAGCCACACUCAAAUCAAAGACAGUGUGGGGCGCUAUUCGCGGUCUGGAAACAUUUUCGCAGUUGGUUCAAGCUCACCCAAGACGAGACAAAAGUGGUCAAUUGAAAAUCAAGAACAUACGUUACACAUAUAACACUGAUGAUGACCAAGAUGAAGAUGAUGAUUACGUUUAUGAAGAUGAAGAAGAUGACGACGAGGAUGAUGAUAGCUUUAGUAAUCUCUUUAUACCAAGCACUCCUAUUGAAAUCAAAGACCGUCCAAAGUUCUUUCAUCGAGGAAUUAUGCUGGAUACAUCAAGAAACUAUUUCCCGGUAAAAGACAUUUUGAGAACACUUGAUGCUAUGGCGUACAACAAGAUGAACGUAUUUCAUUGGCAUAUUACUGAUUCACAAAGCUUUCCGCUCAAAUUAAAGUCUGUUCCUGAACUUUCACUUGAAGGAGCGUAUAAAUUACGUCAAAAGAGAUUGAUUUAUAGAAAGAGUGACGUACGCAAGAUAAUCGACUAUGCUUAUAAGCGUGGAAUUCGUGUUAUUCCUGAAAUAGACAUGCCUGCCCAUACUGGAUCAUGGGGCUUGUCACACAAGGAUAUUGUCACAUGCGCCGGAAUACAUUAUCUUGAUCCAUCCAAUGAUUGGAGUGAAAGAUUUGCAGAAGAGCCAGGUACGGGCCAACUCAAUCCUGUUCUUCAAAAGACGUAUGAUGUAGUCGGCAAUGUCAUUGAAGAGGUAGCUUCUCUUUUCUCAGACGGUUGGUAUCACGGAGGUGGCGAUGAACCGAUCUAUAAAUGCUGGGAGCAGGAUAAGGAUGUAGUAAGGUAUAUGCAAGAAAAAAACGCCACUGGUCUCGAUCUCUUGAACAUGUUCCUGAGCAAGGAGUUGGGUAUGAUUCAAGGCAUGAACAAAGUGCCUAUCCUUUGGGAAGAUGCCGUAACCAAAAAUGACUUGCCAAUUCCUAAAGAUGUCGUGCUUCAAGUCUGGACUAACCCUGUUCAAAAUGCUAUAAAGAAAGGAUACAAGGUCAUUGCAUCCAACUAUAACUUUUGGUAUCUUGAUUGUGGACACGGUGGCUGGGGUGGCAAUGAUACAAGUUAUGACGAGCAAGUGCCACCAGAGAUACCCAAGUCAUUGAGAGUGCAACUGGAGAAACACCACGUUGAGGACAACUACCGUCCACAGAACUGGGGAGGUUCUGGUGGAGACUGGUGCAGCCCCUUUAAAACGUGGCAAAGAGUCUAUAGUUACGAUCUUACAUUCAACUUGACGGAAACGGAAGCACAAAAUGUGCUGGGAGGCGAGGUUGCAAUGUGGACAGAGCAAACAGACGGGACGUCUUUAGAUAUUCGCUUAUGGCCCAGAGCAGCAGCAGCAGCAGAGGUACUGUGGUCAGGAAGAUAUGACGACAAGGGUAGAAAAAGGGACAUAGGAGAUGCUAUGCCUAGAAUGUUUGACUGGAGGUAUAGAUUGUUACGUCGGGGCGUUGGAGCAGAGGCUUUGCAACCAUUGUGGUGCGGACAAAACCUUCAAAUGUGUGAUGCACAAUAUCCAUUUUAA